AGUGCCAAUCUCAUGUUUUACAAUUGAGUGUAAUUCCCAGAGAAAAAGACGCAGAUAUAUGGGAAUAUGAGCUUUCAACAUCGUCAAGAUUCCUCUGGAACGCUAAAAACAACAAUACAACUUGGUCGAGUACCGUCUAUUGUGCAAUCAUUUCAUUUAAUGAAAGAUUUACCGGAACCUAGUGAAAAAAAUGGCUCAACUAACUUGAUGGCUUAUUAUAACCUGGAACAUUCCUUGAAUAAAUUGUCAGGAAAGAAGUUAAAAGAAGAAUUGAGUAGUUUUCUACCUAAUCUACCUGGUAAAAUCGAUACAAAAGGCAACGAAGAUAAUAGCUCUCUAAGAUCACUCAUUGACAAGCCUCCCAUAACUGGAAAAGAAUUUCAUCCUCUAGCUGGAUCUCAGCUGUUAGGAUUCCGCCUCCAACCGGGACCACUACCGGAUCAUUGUAAAGUCAUUGCUUCGACGUUUUUCGCUACAAAAACCCAUAAACGUAAAAGAGAGACGAGUCCGUUUAAGCAUUACCUCGCAAUGGAUCCGAGAACUGCAGAACUACAGCCAAGCAAACCUAAAAAAGAACGCAAGAGGGACGGAGAGAAGAAGAAGAAGAAGAAGAAGGAUAAAAAGAAGAAGGAUAAAGAAAAUGAAGAUAGAGGAUAA